CCCGGGCUCCUAUUAGAAGGUAAAUAGCUCAUCUCAGCUAGCUUGGUUCAUUACAGCUGCAUAUCCACCGCUGUCAAACCCAUCCGUUCAAUAACGAUCUUUUAAAGAUGUUUUGAUAGAGCUGUCAAAUGAAUCAGAAGGUGGACCUGAUCCAUCUCAGAAGGAGCAUGAUGCUGCCAAAAUAGUGAAACAGUCUUCAUUGGAGGAUUUUUCAUAGACUUGAAUAUCCAUUAACUUAUUUGAAUGCGUCUCUUCACUUCCAGUUUCCUAGGCUAGUGUUUGACCUUAGUCUCCCGAGUAAACAACGCUCAGUGGUGCCCCAUUAAUAAUGCUGUUCUCUUUGCGAGAGCUGGUGCAAUGGCUGGGCUUUGCCACAUUCGAGCUGUUCCUCCACUUGGGCGCGCUGCUGGUCUUCAGCGUACUGGUGGCCCUGCACAUGGACUUGGACAAGCAGACUCUUGAGAUGAGCUGGUGGCUUGUCUUCUCACCCUUGUUUGCUGCUGAUGGCCUCAGCACCUACUUCACAGCCAUUGUAUCCAUCCGCCUCUAUCAAGAAGGAGAGAAGCGUCUGGCAGUGCUGCGCUUGCUGUGGGUGCUGACCGUGCUCAGCCUCAAGCUGGUGUGCGAGGUGCUGCUGUGCCAGAAACUGGCUGAACAGGACCAGGCACAUGAUUUGUGGUUCGGGCUCAUUGUUUCCCCGCUUUUCAUCCUUCUGCAACUGCUCAUGAUUCGCGCUUGUCGUGUCAAUUAAAGGACUGCGGUCUGCACACAUGCCAAGGGACUUAUGGGAAUGAAAUGGACUCCUGCUGGUGUCAUUUAAACCAGGAGGAAUAAAUCGUUGCAAAAUCAUCGUGACCUUUUUUUUUUUUUAAAUGUAUUCAACUGAAUUUCUGUCUCAAGCAUGUAAACAUGGUAUUUCAAACGAUGCAAAGUAAUGUGCAAUUUUUUUGAUUAUUAUUAUUAUUGUCCUUAAGUGCUAUGAGAGAUUUGGUCUGGAUUUUCUCUGAAUACUGUCAAUGUUGCUUUAUCUGUGUUAUUACCUUUUAUUGUUUUUUGUACAAUUGUAAAUAAACCAUCAACAUUCAAACA